AUGGUCGAUGGGGCUGAUGUUAUCAAUUUUGAUGGCCAUGUUGUGUUACCGUACAGAUUUGGACACAAGAAAAAAACCUUGAAAACGCUGAAAGAUGUCAUCGCUUUGAAAUUUAAAACCUCUGAAAGCGAAGGUGUAAUCUUCCAUGGAGAAGGCCAGCAAGGAGACUACAUCACUCUGGAACUGAAAAAAGCCAAGUUGGUCCUUAGUUUAAAUUUAGGCAGCAACCAAUAUGGCUCCAUUUAUGGCCACACAUCUGUGACAACCGGCAGCCUCUUAGAUGACCACCACUGGCAUUCCGUAGUGAUAGAACGUCAUGGGAGAAACAUCAACCUUACACUUGAUAGACACAUGCAGCAUUUUCGGAUCAAUGGGGAAUUUGAUUACCUGGACCUAGACUAUGAGAUAACAUUUGGUGGCAUGCCUUUUUCUGGAAAGCCAAGUUCCAGCAGCAGAAAGAAUUUCAAGGGCUGCAUGGAAAGCAUCAUCUACAAUACCAAUAAUAUCACAGACAUGGCCAGGAGAAAGAAGCUGGAGCCUUCUCAUGUGGGAAAUUUAAGCUUUUCCUGUGUGGAGCCGCAUACCGUGCCUGUCUUUUUCAACGCCACCAGUUAUCUGGAAGUUCCUGGUCGCCUGAAUCAGGAUGUGUUUUCAAUCAGCUUUCAAUUCCGGACUUGGAAUCCUAAUGGACGUUUACUGUUCAGCAACUUUGCCGAAGGGCUGGGCAGCGUGGAGAUUGACCUGAUCGAGGGCAAAGUCAGCGUCCACAUCAAUGUCACUGGCGGGAAGAAGAAUCAAAUAGACAUCUUUUCAGGCACUGGACUGAACGACGGACAAUGGCACGAAGUCCAGUUUUUAGCAAAAGAAAAUUUUGCAGUUCUCACCAUCGACGGUGAUGAAGCUUCCUCCGUUCGAAGCAACAGCCCGCUCAGAGUAAUGACAGGAGACAAAUAUUUAUAUGGAGGUUUCCUAACACAGGCGAAUGGCUUGGAGCACUCCAUUCUCCACCUCUCCUUCCAAGGUUGCAUGCAGCUUAUCCACGUGGACGAUCAGCUGGUGGAUUUGCACGCAGUGGAGCAAGGGAAGCUGGGAAGCUUUGCGAACGUUAGCAUUGACAUGUGUGCCAUUAUCGAUCGGUGUGUGCCCAAUCACUGUGAACACGGUAGCAAAUGCACCCAAACAUGGGACAGCUUCACGUGCACUUGCAAUGGAACGGGAUACAGCGGAGCCACGUGCCAUAACUCUGUUUACGAACUCUCCUGCGAAGCCUAUAAACACUUGGGGAAAGCGUCAGGUUCCUACUGGAUAGAUCCAGAUGGCAGUGGUGCACUGGGACCGUUGAAGGUUUUCUGCAAUAUGACAGAGGACAAAGUGUGGACUAUCGUGAAUCAUAACCUGCCGAUGCAGUCCUCAGUGGUGAGCAACAAGCCAGAGAAGCACGCUUCACUGGCCCUUAACUACAACACCACCAUGGACCAGAUCUCUGCCAUCACCAGCAGUGCCGAGUAUUGUGAGCAGUUCGUCUCCUACUUCUGUAAGCUGUCGAGGUUGCUGAACACCCCAGAGGGCAAUCCAUACACCUGGUGGAUUGGGAAAUCCAAUGAAAAGCACUACUACUGGGGCGGCUCCGGGCCAGGCAUUCAAAAAUGUGCCUGCGGCAUUGAACGGAACUGUACCGAUUCCAGAUACUACUGCAACUGUGACGCUGAUCACAAACAGUGGAGAAAAGACACCGGGUUCCUGUCUUACAAAGACCAUCUACCUGUCAGCCAAGUUAUAGUCGGGGACAUUGAUCGGCCUGGCUCAGAAGCAAAGCUCACUGUGGGCCCUCUGCGAUGCCAUGGAGACCAAAAGCUGAGUCGCAACUCCAACAUACCUUUAACAUUUAAUAAAAAUCUUGGGGGGGGGGAUCUUGUCGUUGGUCUUUCAGCCCCAACUGAAGUGUCCUUUUCAUUCGACGUGGGAAACGGCCCAGUGGAGAUCAUCGUGAGGUCACCCAGCCCGCUCAACGAUGACCAGUGGCAUCACGUCGUGGCUGAGCGAAAUGUUAAACAAGCCAGCCUGCUGGUAGAUCAGCUCCCAGUGGAGAUCCGGAAGGCCCCUAUGGAAGGCCACACCCGGCUGGAGCUGUUCAGCCAGUUAUACGUUGCUGUCCUUUCAUGUUCUUGUCCCGGUGCUGCAGGUGGACAGAAGGGAUAUCUAGGCUGCAUUCGCUCUUUACGGAUGAACGGGGUCACUCUGGAUUUAGAAGAAAGAGCAAAAGUGACCCCAGGAGUGAAGCCUGGAUGCUCGGGCCAUUGCACCAGUUUUGGGAUGUACUGUCAGAAUGGCGGCAGGUGUGUUGAAAAGUACAACGGCUACUAUUGCGACUGCUCCAGGACGGCGUACGACGGUCCAUUUUGCAAAAAAGAGGUUGGCGCAUUUUUUGAAGAAGGGAUGUGGCUCCGGUAUAACUUUUCGUCUGCAGGGAAUAACCUGAAGGACUUAGUCAGCAGGACUCUCUUGAGCUCGACGGAACCGGAGAACGCUGCGUCCGACCUGACCCUGGACAGAGAAGAGCUGAGCUUUAGUUUCAGCACCAGCAAACCCCCCAGCGUCCUCCUCUACAUCAGUUCUUACACCAAGGACUACAUGGCAGUGCUCUUGAACGCCUCUGGAAAUUUACAGAUUCGAUACAAUCUGGGAGGCGCCAAAGAACCAUAUAACAUCAACGUCGAUCCAAGGAAUGUAGCAAAUGGGCAACCGCACAGCAUUAACAUCACACGGAAAGGGAAGGAGAUCAUUGUUCAGCUGGACCACUAUCCUCCGAUGACCCACAGCCUGCCGGGAAUGUCAGACCUUCAGUUCAGCUCCUUGAAGUCCCUCUUUCUAGGAAAAGUAAUAGAGCUUGGGACGAUUGAUGAAGAGAUCCGUAAAUACAACACACCAGGAUUCUCUGGCUGCCUGUCUCGAGUACAGUUCAACCAGCUCGCCCCACUCAAAGCGGCCUUGAGACCAACCAACAUCUCCACUCGCGUCCACACGGAAGGUCAUCUUGUAGAAUCCAACUGUGGGGCCAAUCCACUAACCAUCCAACCAAUGUCUUCUGUGACAGAUCCUUGGCAUGCCGAUUCAGCCAGUGCCGAUCCCUCACAUGACGGUAAAAUGCUGGGGAGCAACGUUAAUAGAAAUUCAGCAAUUAUUGGAGGCAUCAUCGCCGUCGUGAUCUUCACCAUCCUCUGCACCCUGGUUUUCCUCAUACGCUACAUGUUCCGCCACAAGGGAACGUACCACACCAAUGAGGCCAAGGGGGCGGAAUCUGCCGAAAGCGCCGAUGCAGCCAUCAUGAACAAUGACCCCAAUUUUACGGAAACCAUUGACGAGAGCAAAAAAGAGUGGCUUAUCUGAGAUUGGGGGUGGGGCGGGGAGCGGAAGGCGUGGGAGGAGGGACCGGGGAGGGACCGGGGAAGACUUUUUCAGCAAGGAGAAGAGAGCUCUCUCUUACAGACUCUUGAGCACAUCUAGUUUUUAAAAAAGAGAGAGAGAGAGAUCAGCACAACUGAAGGAGCAAGCGACAGACAAAACAUUGAGACUAGAAACCACGGCGGCGUUCCUGGAGAGUACUUUUUAAACCUCGAUUUGCAGCGAAAUCGCCCCCCCCUUCUUGUAUGCAUCUAAACCAAGAGCAUCAGAAUCCAGCAUUGGUUCACCCUUUGUCAGUAAUCUAUCUGUCUUCUUUGUGUGUGGCUAGAGGUGUUCAAAAACCCCUGUAAGUAACGGGGCCCACUUUUCUAUAUUUUUUUAAAAGCCCUUUAAAAUGUAAAUAUCUCUCCCCGGAGAAUGGCAGAUCAGAGUCCGAAAUCCGGGACUGUUCUUCUCUUAGUGUUUCUUGCA